GACGUCAAACAGGACCCCAUCAUCGCACAACCACAGGAACAGUCGUCGGAGACAUGAGUACAAUCGGAGACCGGAAUAUAGCUGCAGGACCAAUCGAAAGCAGGAAUAUUCACAGAAAAGGCGUCAUUAGCCAAAAUGGAACUGAUCCGCCAACACUUGGAUCUCAAUCAUCAAGAAAUGCACAUUCUAGAAGACACAAAGACAUAUCAUCAGAUCAAUCAAGUUACAGCAACCAUGCUCAAGAUUUACCUCAAACCGCAACAGAUCAUGGACAUACCGAUUAUUAUGCUUCAGGUUCUAGCCCUCCACAUGAAAGUAUCCCAUAUCCAUCUGUAGAUGAGCUGCAUUUAAUGAGAAAUGGUAUACGGAGGAAAGCAUCAGAGAUUUUGGGUCCAAAUUUUACUAAAAAAUAUGUAAGUACACCACCUCCAUCUACGCUGGAGCUGCGUUUGCAAGAAGAGCAGUUACAGAUGCGAGCGCAAAACAUCUUAGGUCCAAAUUAUAGACAACAAUAUAACCUUGCAUCACGGCCACCAAUCCAAAACGCAGGGCUGCAAGGACAAGGAGGGAAUAUGCAAUUGAAUCAAGACAGGCGCCCAAACUCAUCCACAUCCAGCUCAUCUCGGACCAAAACUGAUUCCUCGAGCCAAAAUUCAAUUAAUUAGAUCCAGCUUGAGGCCUAGAUUAAAACAGAAUUGAAAUAAAAUUGAAGAAUGGAUAUUGCUACUGUGGAAGGUUCACGUGACAUCGCGAAGAGUCUGGCUGCAUACCAAUUAAAUCCAACAACUUACCCAUCAGUUUAUCCU